AGGGACAGCCAGGACCCGAUCCUUCGCGCCGUGGCCGAGCUCAUCAAACACCCGAAGGUCCCGCUGGCCAAGGUGGUCCUCAGCAACUGCAAGCUCAACAGCGAGGACGCGCUCGAUGUACAGGUAGCGGGCCUCGGGUUCAUGAUCCGGGCCUUGCAGGAGAACUCGCGCCUGCCGGAGGGCUUCCAGCUGAAGGAGCUCGACCUCAGCGACAACGAGUUGGCCUGUGCCGUGAGGUACAGGGCCGAGAAGAGGAGGCAGGAGGACAAGCCCAUCCAGGAUUUGUUGAUGAUGGUGCAGACGAUUUCGCUCCAGGGUAACGAGAUUGGUUUCCAAGACCUCGGCGGGUUGCUUCCCUCACUCACGGCGGACGCAAAGGUCAGAGACAUCAAGCUAGGGGACAACAUCCUGGACGACACUGGCGCUGUCGAACUCGCCACCGAACUGAGCUACAACCGCGAGCUGCGCAAGCUGGACCUACGGAACGCCACCCUGUCGUCCAAGGGCAUUUUCGCAUUGACGAACUGCUUCACGCCGAACCACAAACUCACGCACCUCAACCUGAGCUUCAACAACGUCGGCGCCGACGGCGCCUCGGCCAUCGCUCACAUGGUGAGCAUUUACCCCCAGCUGACCUCACUGGACGUGACCUCCGCGGAGAUCCCGUCGAAGGGCGUGCAGGAGAUCAUGAAGGCCUUGAUGACGUCGCCCUGCCAGCUGCAUACGCUCAAGAUCGGCGACAACGUGCUCGACAACAAGGCGGGGGAGGAGGUGGCACAGUUCCUGAGCUCGCGCUCCUCCAGCAGGGAGUGCCUCAGGGCGCUGGACCUCGGCUCCCGCUCUGCAUUCACGCCCGGCUUCGAGGCCUGCGACCUGCUGAAGAACUGCAGGGCCCGGCUGCAGGAGCUGGUCUUCCGCGGGGAGAACCUGGAGCUCGAGGACCGCUGUAAGUUCAUCUUCGUGGGGUGCAGGCAGUGUUCGGACUUGGCCAGCCUCGACGCGGGCCUGAUCAAGAUCGACAUGAAAGAGGGCUCGAGGC